ACGACUUGCCUGCCUCUUGCCUCAAAUUAUCUCACAGGGUCAGAAUGCGUUUAUCCGCGAACGUCAAAUUGUUGAGAAUAUCCUCCUUGGGCAUGAGUUAAUGCAUUAUUUGAAAAUCAAAAUGCGAGGAAAGAAAGGGUACAUGGCUCUUAAGGUUGACAUGGAAAAGGUCUAUGAUAGAGUUGAAUGGCCUUUUCUUCUUGCGGUUUUGGAUAAGAUGGGCUUUAAUUCCGUUUGGCAAGGAUGGAUUCAUGAGUAUCUCAGGUCAUCGUCUUUUUCUGUCCUCAUGAAUGGUACCCUCUUGGGAUAUUUCACUCCUUCCAGGGGGCUACGGCAAGGGGAUCCUCUCUCCCCUCUCUUGUUUGUGCUUUGCACUGAGGGCUUUGCGGCGCUCCUUCACAAGGCUAUUUCGGAGAAAAGGCUGGAGGGGGUAAAGGUGGCUCCUCGUGCUAUUUUGUAUUUAUUUUUGCCAGGCUCUCUCCGAGAAUGUGAGAAUUUGAUUGAGGUCUUGAACGGAUAUGAGGAACUGAGUAGCCAGCGGGUGAAUUUGGCAAAGUCGGUCGUUUGCUUUAGCAAGAAUAUUGUCCAGGCAGACCAAGAGUUCUUAGCGUCGAUUUUGGGCAUCGGGAUGGUAGGGGUCCAUGAUAAGUAUCUAGGACUACCUACGGUGAUUGAUUGUUCAAAAAUGGCUACGUUCAGAUAUUUGGAGGAGAAAUUAUUAGAGCGACUACAGGGGUAAAAGCAGAGAACCUUGUCUUGGGCGGCUAAAGAAACUUUGAUAAAGUCAGUUGCUUUGGCGUUGCCGCUGCAUGUGAUGUUCUGUUUCAAGCUUUUUGUCUCUCUGUGUCGUCUUUUGGAUAAGCAUGUGGCCAGGUUCUGGUGGGGUGAUACUGAUGGCCAUUUUCGGAUUCAGUGGAUGUCCUGGCGCAAUAUGUGCUGCUCUAAACAUGAUGGGGGGAUGGGAUUUCGCCGUUUUGAGCAAUUUAAUCAGGCUUUGUUAGCCAAAUUGGGAAUGGUCAAGUUGCUUCCUUACUUCACUCUAACUGGAUCCCUCUGCUCCAGCUUGAUCCCUUAGCUAUAACCCUCAGGUCUUACCGGGGGGGGCCCGCCUGUUGCGGAGGUUAUUUGUCAAGGUGAGGGGUGUUGGAGCGAUCGCAAGCUUAGCCAAUGGUUUGAGUCGCCGACCUGUCGGGCCAUUAAAACUAUCCUCUUUUGUGCCAGAAUGUGGAGGAUAGGCUAAUCUGGCAUGCCACGCCGGAUGGGGUCUUCUCGGUCAAAUCUGCCUACCAUUUAGUUGUUUCAAUUGAUCAGAGGAGGGGAGGUUAGAGGUCCACGGUUAGUUGGAUGGAUAAGGCCAGCUGGAUUCGUUUGUGGGAAGCGAAUAUCCCGCCUAAGCUGAAACUCUUUGUCUUGCAUAUUCUAAAUCGGAUCUUGCCCACUACUGAAGCCCUUAUUGAUUAACGAGUCUCGGUGCUCCCCAGAUGCCCGGUUUGUUGGGAGAGUUCUAAAACGAUGGAAAACUUGUUUCUCGAUUGCCCGGUGGCUCGUGCCAUUUGGGACUAUUCAGGCCUGGCGUAUCUAGGGGAGGGGUUGCCUCGUCAUACUUUCCCUUUGUUUAUGAAACAACUAAUGGCUUUGGUUCACCAACCGACGAUAUUUAUGGCGAUGGUCGCUGUCCUUUGGCGGAUCUGGCGGUCUCACAACUGGAUUGUCUUUGAGGGCAAACAGUUUGGGUUCCCCGCCUUGAUGCGCCAGUUUCAUCAGCAAUACGAGGAGCGGGUCCGUUUGCCGGUGGAUAGGGCUCCUCCGGUGGCUCUCCCUACGACUCGCAACCUGGGUCCUGUGGGGGAUGACAGGGUUGUUUGUAUGUGGGAUGGGGCCACUAGGAGUGGAUCGCACUCGGCAGGUGGGAUGGUUCUUUUGACCCCGACUAGGGAUAUUUUGAUGGCGAAGGGGUUUCAAUUUCCUUUGAUUGAUGACCUUAUGGUGGUGGAAUUGAUUGCCCUCCGUGAGGCUGUGUUUGUGGUGCGUGGCGCAUGGCUUCUCAGACAUUAUCAUUGAAGGUGAUGCCAAAGUAAUCAUCGAUAAAAUCAAUCAGGCGGACACCAGAGAUAACCGAGUUGUGCUAUUUUGGAAGAGCUUCUGCAGCAUUUUGCCAGCCAUCCGGGGGUUUAGUGUUCGAUUUGUAGGUCGGCGUAGUAAUAGGGUAGCCCAUACGAUGGCUCGAAAAGCCCUCUCAUUGUACUCGACUAUGAGUCGUUUCUUUGAUUUUCGGACCUGGUUAAAUUCCGGGAUGCAACUAUCUAUUCUUCGAAUCAAUAUAUGAUUAUCUUUUGUUGAAAAAAAAAAUUGCCCUUUAAAUAAAGGAGCAGAGGUUAGUAAGCAACCUCAUUGCUAGACUAAAGGAACAGAGGUUCAUAAGGAAUUAGCCAAUAUUCCAUUACUUUUGAAUUAUUCGAUGUUCUGUCAAUUAAUUUUUCAAUAUGAUACAUUUGUUUAAUUUGACCGUUUGGAUUUUGAAGUGGAGUAAUGUUUUAUGUUGAGACAACUCGUCCUUCCAACUCCAUUUGCAUUCAUUAAUGAAAUUAAACUAAAUCAACUUAUGGAGACAACCUUAACUUACCGAAUGAAAGCUUGUGAUCUUUAAAAGUUGGGGUUAAUUGUAUAGUUGAUUACUGAGAUUAUAAAAAUGGUUAAAAUUUGAUCACUUGAAAUAUUUAAAUUAAUUGGUGGUACUUCCGUUUACUGAAGCCGUUCACGUUUGGUCACUCUCCGUUUAAUUCCGUUAACUUUGGUUGAUGUGACAGUCAACUCUCAAAGUUGACCGUUAACUUAUUUAUUUAUUUUAUGGUAAAAAUGAGUUGGACAUUAAAAUAGAUUAAAUAAAAUUAAUUUAUUAUUUCUUAAUUGCCAAGUCACUAAGUUAACGGUCAAGUUUGAGAGUUGACUGCCAGAUCAGUCAAAGUUAACGGCGUUGGACGGAGAGUGACCAAAUGUGAACGCUUUCAGUAAACAGAAGUACCACCAAUGGAUUUAAAUAUUUUGAGUGACCAAACUUGAACGUUUUUUGUAAUCUCAAUGAGCAACCUUGCAAUUAACCCUUAAAAGUUGUUAUUCGUGCAUUAUAAACCCAGGGGCUUGGUUGAUGACAAGAGAGACAAGAAAAUCAUCCAUUAUUCUUCUUUCCAUAAGUUUUUGGUGAUUUAGUGUUCUUAACCCUAUAAUCUAAAGUAGUGAUAGUUUUAUUAUACGAAGAAAUUUCAUGUAACUCAAAGCUUUGUAGAGGAUGAAAAAAUUCUUUACGAAUAGUGAAAUAGUUUCCUACUCUAUCAUAAUCCUAAUCACCCGAUUCCUAAUUCUCUCCAAGUAUUCCAUUCUUAGGUGUUAUCUGUUGGUUUAUUUCCUCUGCUUAUGGUACCAGGUCAAUGUAUUUUAUUGAUAAUACCAGUUAUUGAACUUCAUAUGUUGUCGUUCUUUUAUUGAUGUUGUGUUGGAUUAUGUAAUUUGACUCUAUUGCGUACUCGUAGUGGAAUGUGUUUCGUCUAGUUUGUUUCUAUAUUGUGGUUCUUUUAUUGGACUUCAGAGUCAGUCAUUUGUUUAUGGAAUGUGUUUCGUCUGGUUUGUUUAUAAAAAGUAUGUGAUGGA